AAUGAAAAUUGAGCGAAUGUGUUGGUAUGACUAUAUAAUUUAAUAUAGCUAGUUCGCUAGCUAGCGAAAGUCAGCUGAUUAGGUUAGCUGCUAGCUAGCAGGUUACGUUUGGGUGUAGGAGCUAGUCAGCUGUUUUGUUACUCAUUCGGAUACGCUUAUCAGGACAGACUAAUGGAACUGCAGAUGUCAGUAUUUGUUGAAUGAGGACAAGUCUGCAAUCAAAAUGCUUCACACGAAAGUUAAGAUGGAGAAACCAGAUACCGAGGGUGCUGUUGCCAGAAGUCGUCUUGAUGCAGUGCUGCAAGGUCUGGUGGAGAAAAGUGACAGUGAGAGAGAUCAGAAUGAAGAUGAUUCUGGAAAAAUGGUCGCAGACUCCAUGAGCAAGGACUUAUCCCCUUCCUCUCUUGGGAAAAGGCCAUCUUCACGCUUUGCACAACAUCGGAGAAAGAAGCGCAAAGAGAUGGAGGACGGCUUAUCUGAGACUAACCAGCACAAACAAAACUCGUACAUCAUCAAGCUGUUUGAUCGCAGUGUGGAUUUGGCGCAGUUCAGUAGCAACACUCCACUCUACCCCAUCUGCAGAUCGUGGAUGAGGAACAACCCCACUGUACGAGAGAGACCAAUGCCCAGUCCACCUCAUAGCAUGGCAGAGGAGGAGGUGUCAGACAUGCUGAAUGGCAAAGUUCAAAAUAUAUACCGCCUUCCACCUCCUGGUUCUUGUCCGGUUAAUGAGUCUGGUGAACCAGUCAACUUAAGGAUUCCACCCACAGAGAAACCCACCAUAAGCCAGUCCACAGACACUGCAUCAGGAGCCACUUCUCUCAUGCUGAAUCACAUGAAACGCUGGAAGAAAAUUAGACAGAAGUGGAAAGAGGCUUCUAAUAAGAACCAGCUACGCUACAGCGAGAGCAUUAAGGUCCUGAAAGAGAUGUACGAGCGCUAGCUCAUCUUCAUCCCCUGCAUCAGGAGACAGUUAUGGUCUUCCAUAUGCAACUUCAUUGAAACGGAGGUUAAGUGGAGAGUUUCAGGUGGAAAAAUGGACUGAUAAUUGUGUAGUUGUCUGCACAUGUUAUUUUAAUAUUUGUUAAUAAUCAAAUAUUUGGUAAGUUAGUGAUGUUAGUAUGGCCUGCAAUCCAGUAGCAAAAGCACAGAUGUGAUGUAUUUUCAAUUUCCAUCUUUGUGAUGCAGGUCAGUAGAGUCAGACGAAUGCAUGUUUGUUCUACAAUCUGGUAAUAACAAAAGAAGAUAAUUUGUGAACAAAAUAAAUGUUCACUUUUUCCA